AUGACUGAACUCAAGGAAGAUGAUAAUGUUAUGAUGUCCCAGGCUGAGGACAGCGACGUAACUUCAAGCUUUACGGAAAACAAUAAUAUCGCUUCGUCCGAAAAUAAACAAUCCCAAUCUGUUAAUAAACAGAAAGAAGUUGAAGAUGAACUCCAAGAAAAAGACAUUCAAAACGAAGAAUGUGAUGGCGUUGACCAUGGAGCAAGCAUUUAUUCCCAGAACGAAGAUGGUGAAACAGUUUUGUCGAUAGCGAUAAGAAAUGGUUUAUUUGAUGUGGUUAAGUAUUUUGUUCAAUGUGGCCCUGAACAUAAUUUUCAAGAUUAUUCUAAAGUUCUUCAGAGUGCAAUAAAGUCUCGGUCAUUAGAAAUUGUGAAAUAUUUCGUUGAAGAUUGUGGGGCUGAUAUACAUUGUAAAGAUGAUUCGGGAAAUACUGCCUUACAUCAUGCUGUUUAUGGCGCUGAUGUAAACGGCCAGGGUACUGACGGGUGGACAGUGCUGCACGCUGCUGUUACAAAAUCUACUCCAGAAGUUGUAAAAUAUCUUGUUGAAAAUGGCGCUGUUGUAAACGGCAAGGAUACUACAGACGGCUGGACAGUAUUACACUAUGCUGUUGCCUAUAGUUCAUUAGACAUGAUGAAACAUCUUGUUGAACUGGGGGCAGAUGUAAAUGGCGAAAAGACCGAUGGGUGGACAGUGCUGCAUGAUGCUGUUACAAACGGUACGCUAGAAAAGGUAAAAUAUCUUGUUGAAAUUGGUGCUAAUGUAAAUGGUAAGAGCAAUGGCGGGUGGACGGUGCUUUACAAUGCUAUUUCUAAAGGUACGCUAGAAAUUGUAAAAUAUCUAGUAGAAAUGGGCGCUGAUGUGAAUGCCAAGGAUACCACUUACGAUUGGACAAUGCUUCACUCUGCUGUUACUGAAGGUACGCCAGCAAUGGUAAAAUAUCUUGUUGACAUGGGCGCUAAUGUAAAUAGUGAGGAUAGUAAGGGAUGGACGGUGCUGCGAUAUGCGAUUUUCAAAGGCACACUAGAAAUAAUAGAAUGUCUUGUUGAACAUGGUGCUGAUGUUAAUGACAAAAUUGAAAUGCGAUCAAUUCUGCACUGUGCACUGUGUGUUACUCAAGAUACUUUAGAAAUAGUGAACUGCCCUGUUGAGAAGGGUGCUGAUUGCAAUUGUUCGCUAGAAAUGGAGAAAUAUCUUAUGGGAAAUGGCGCUGAUGUAAAUGCCAAGAAUAAUCGCGGGGAGACAGUGCUAUAUUAUGCUGUUUCUGAAGAGAAAAGCGGACGGACAAUGUUGAAAAGAGCUAUUUUAAAAGGUUCGCUAGAAAUGGUGAAAUAUCUUGUUGAUACGAGUUUUGAUGUAAAUGCCGAGAAUACUCACGGGGAGACAGUGCUGCACUGCGCUGUUUCUGAAGGUUCGUUAGAAAUGGUAGAAUAUCUUGUCGAGAACGGUGCUGAUGUAAAUGCCAAGAAUACUCACGGGGAGACAGCGCUGAACUCUGCUGUUUCUGAAGGUACGCUAGAAAUGGUGAAAUAUCUUGUUGAGAAUGGCGCUGCUGUAAAUGCCAAGAAUACUCGAGCUCACGGGAAGACGGUGCUGCACUCUGCUGUUUCGGAGGGUACACUAGAAAUGGUGAAGUAUCUUGUGGAAAAUGGCGCUGAUGUAUACGCAAAAGAGAAUAGCGAACGGACAAUGUUGAAAAGAGCUAUUUCAAAAGAAUGGACAGUCCUGCACAGUGCUGUUACUAAGGACUGGCUACACAUGGUAAAAUACCUUGUUGAAAAUGGUGCUGAUGUAAAUUGCAAGGAUACUAACGGAGGGACAGUCUUGCACCAUGCUGUUCGUGUUGGUAAUAUAGUAACUGUGAAGUAUUUAGUUGAACAGGGUGCUGAUGUUGGCAUUGGCAUCCUCCAAAUGGCUGUUAGAAACAACUUCGUCGCCUUUGUCAAUCUUCUUUAUGAGAAGGACAUCGCGAUGUUGAGAGAGCAAACGAUAAUGCUGCUGAAGGGCGAAGAAUGA